AUGGCAGAUAGAUAUGAGGAAAAAGGUGAAAAUGAAAUAGGAAAAAACAUGACAAGUUUAAGAAAUAAAAAAAAUAAGAAAAACUUAGAAUUAAAAGAAAAAAAUCAAAAAAAAUUAAAAGCUUUGAAAUUGAUAAAUAAAAAGAAAAGGAGUGAAUUAAGGGAAAGAAUUUUAAAAUAUGAGCAGGAAUAUGCAGAUGAAAGAAAAAAAAUUGUUGAAUUAAAGAGAGAAGCAAGAAAAAACAAUUGUUUUUAUAAAGAAGCUGAAAAAAAAGUAGUUUUUGUUAUCAGAUUAAAGGGUAUAAAUAAAUUAUCACCAAAAGUUAGGUCAGUUUUUCGUUUAUUAAGAUUAUUACAAGUUCACAAUGGAGUAUUUGUUAAAGUAAAUAAAGCAAGCAAACAAAUGCUAAAAAUAGUUGAACCCUAUAUAACAUAUGGGUAUCCAACUUUAUCAACUGUAAGAAAAUUAAUAUAUAAAAGAGGAUACAUUAAAUUGGGAAAAGUAAGAAGAUACAGCAGAAAAAAAAUUCAAGAUAAUGAAGAUAUUUCAAAAUAUUUAGGAAAAUAUAAUGUGCAUGGUGUUGAAGAUAUGGUUUAUCAAAUUUACACAUGUGGCCCAGCUUUUAAGAAAGUUAAUAAUUUCUUAUGGACAUUUAAGUUAAAACCUCCUAAAAAAGGAUUCAAAGCAAAAAGGCAUGGUUUUAAUGAACCUAGACCUGGAGAUUGGGGAAACAGAGAAAAUCAUAUUAACGAAUUAAUAAACAGAAUGAUUUAA